AUGGAGGAGCUGAUUGGGAUCUUAGAGGGUUGGCUAAACCGUUUGGUCGAGAGCGUCGAAACCCUAGACCAGAAAAUCACCGACGUCACAAAGCUGACGGCGGAGGGUUUUGCAGAGGCGGAUUUGGUGCGGACUAUUGGCACCGAAGCUAUCACGGCAGCGGAUCGACAGUUAGAGGGAAUGGUGGAUUUCGACGAAUGA